GUUUGUUUGCAUGUUCCUUGGGUUAACUUACUUUGCCGUACCAGUUUGCCGGGAGUUGUUGUAGCGAUAAGAAGCGCGUUUGCCUUGUGUUUGGUUAGUUCACCAUGAGUUUUACAGUCGAGUCUGGGAGGUUGCUUGUGUUGAUAGUAACACUCACUUCAAUUGCACUAGGUCAAAGAAUCGUCAAUCAACCGUGCCCAGAUCUCGCUAGUCGUCCAAUCGUACAAUAUUUCGAUCUGCAACGUUAUGUGGACGGACGAUGGUAUGAGAUCUCUCGUUACGAUCAACACUUUGAGAAGGAUUGUGACUGUGGGUAUGCCACGUACACACCACAAGCUGAUGGUUCGGUGAAGGUGCAGAACUGUUGCGAACGGUUGCCCAACACAACGCUCAAAUGUAGCAUCGGCAAAGCGGUUGUUAGCUUUCCGGACGAGUUCCCAUUGGAAGGAAAGUUUAACGUUACAUUUGGAGGACCACCGAACAAUUCCAACUACUGGAUACUGGACACGGAUUAUGAUAACUACGCGCUGAUAUACUACUGCAAGAACCUUUCCGCAAGCAAGUCUGCCGAAGCGGCUUGGGUACUGUCGAAACAGCGUACGAUCAAUGUGGCUGUCCGGGACGUUGUAGAUCAGUUGGUGGAUAAGUACUUCGUACGACAGGAUAUGCGUGUUACGGAGCAAAGUCAGAGCAAAUGCCAAUAUCCAGACACCAAUGACGUUUAGAGAAGCGCUUCUCUUGUAGAUCUCUCUUCUAGCAGAUAUUGUUGUUUGGUUUUUUUUAGUACUUUACAGGAUGUCCAGUUUUAGAUACAUAAGAGAAAAGAUUCAAUAAGAUUCAAUUCACAUCCUUCAGUGUGGUAGAUACAGUAAAUUGGAUAUAAAAAAAGUUAAAAUCACUACGAAGUGGACUUUCCCCACACCAGAAUUUCAAAUCAAUGUUAUAGAAAAAAACACUUCCUAAACUAAUAAACUUCAUCUUUACCGUUCGCUACAAAACUGCACCAUAA